AAAGUUUUUGAUAUUUCUAAGCCUCCAUUAAUGGACCCAGAGGUUGUCAUGAACCUCUUCGAUUCAUGCUGGUUCAGCUUUGAAAUCUUCAAGAAACAAUCACACAAUUCAGAUUCUUCCAAUCCUGAAACAAACCCAGAUCACAAAACUCAAGAAAACCCGUCAGAAUCUAAACUUUCAAGCCUCCCAACAAUCCAUAUGAGGUCCAAAAGUGACCAACUUAGCUCCUUCAACUCUGAUUUUCUCUCUCCAAAUUCAGUCCUCUUCACACCUCAUCUCCAGACCAUCCUCUCCGGGAAGGAAGUCAUGGAAGAAGAGCCAAGAACAGAACAACAUAUUGAAGAGUUUCAGGAAAAGAGAGAGACAAAUAUGAGAAGAAGAACAAAGAAGAAGAUGAGUAAGAGCUUGUCAGAGCUUGAGUUUGAAGAGAUAAAGGGAUUUAUGGAUUUGGGUUUUGUAUUCUCAGAGGAAGAUAAAGUUUCAAGCUUGGUUGAGAUCCUUCCUGGGUUGCAGAGAUUGGGGAAGAGAGAGUGUGAACAAAGAGAAAUAACUGCUGCUGUUGAAUCUUCAGUUCCAAGGCCUUAUCUUUCUGAAUCAUGGGAGGAUUUGGAUAGAAGACAGAGAGAGCAUAGAUUGAUUAAUUGGAGAGUUCCUGAUCUAAGCAAUGAAAUUGGGAUUAAAGACAGUCUCAAAUGGUGGGCUCAUACUGUUGCAUCGACUGUUAGAUAAUAAAGUCUUUCAAUUCAUUUUUUUCCCUUUAAUUCCUCUUAUUUCUUUUUUUCUUUUUUUGUAAAAAUUUGUUAACAUAAUUUUCUUCAAUCGUUUUUGGUUUCCAGAAGUUUGUAAUCUGUGUAAAAUAAUAAAAAUUUAUAAAUUUUUGUCAGUUU